AUGGUCAAAAAGCAAAAAAGCCAGAAGAGCCAGCACUUACUCAACCUAACCACUACAAAGAAGCGUGCUCUGGAAUCUGGGCAUGGCUACGUGGCUUUAAGAAACUAUGCAACUCGCAUGAGAAUUCAUAGUGUCGAAUCAACCACAGCUGCCGGCUCAGGACACCCUACAUCAUGCAGUUCUUUGGCUGAUCUGAUGGCUGUAUUGUUCUUUGACCCCUCUGGGAUGCAUUAUUACCCAAAGGAUCCCAGAAAUUGCAAUAAUGACAAGCUUGUGCUAAGUAUCCCCUCAAUUUGCUAAACAAAUAUCUUUAAUAUUUUUUCAAAAUAUAAGAUUAAGAAAAAAUUAUUUAUAAAGCAACAACAUAAAGUGAAUUUAUUUUUCAAGAAAAGCUAAAUAUAAAAUUAAUCGAUUUAAAGUGCCAGCUAUUUAAAUAAAUUCUCUUUGCUUCUUUCUAUUAACUUUUGCCUAAACUAUUUAAAUAGGAAUAAUUAUUUUAUAUAUAAAAAUUCCAACUGAAAAUAUAUAUUAUUCAAUUUUAAAAAACGAUUAAUUUAUCAAAAAGUUACCUAAUUCAAAGGGGGAUUAAGUAUACCAGAUAACUGCUCUGGAUCGGCUUGACCGAAGUCUCCGGUGUUAGAUGGAGAUCUGGCGAAACAAUUCUUGUUGGAAUAGUUAACUCUCCAGAUGACAAAUGCCCAAUAGCAAUAGGAUUUGUCAUCUGAAGAGUUGACUUUGCAAACAAAAAUUGUUUUGUCAGCUCCCAUCUGACGCUGAGAGAUGUCAGGCAAGCCCAAUCCAAAGCACGAAUAGGGCUAUAAAGGGCAUGCUGCACCUAUAUUAUACGCUGCUUGGGCUGAGGCUGGCUUUAUCCCUGUAGCAGAUUUAAUAACCCUCAGACAAAUCACCUCAAACCUCGAAGGCCACCCAACCCCAAGACUAGAAUUUGUCGAUGUCGCUUCAGGAUCACUUGGACAAGGCCUGUCAGCAGCUAACGGGAUGGCUUACUCUAUGAAAUAUUUAGAAGGAAACUCUGCAAGAGUUUACUGCAUUAUGGGAGAUGGAGAGUGCGCCGAAGGGUCAGUUUGGGAAGCGAUCAAUUUUGCCUCGCAUUACCAGCUUGACAAUUUAGUAGCUAUCGUCGAUGUCAAUAGACUUGGCCAAAGUGACCCAACAAUGUUCCAGCACGACAUUGAUUCCUAUAAAGCUAAAUUCGAAGCUUUUGGAUGGAACGCAUUGGCUAUUGAUGGACACGACUACAUGCACAUAGUCUACGCUUUUGAAGAAGCCAGAAAAACCAAAAACAAGCCAACCGCUAUUAUUGCAAAGACCUAUAAAGGGAAAGACUUUACCGCCACUAUUGAAGACCAAGAAAACUGGCAUGGAAAACCUAUAGGAAAUCAGACUGAAGAAAUUGUAAAACACUUGACGAGUCUUAUUCAAGAUACACAAGAAACCAGCGAGCCAGUCCAUCCUACCGAAACUCAUCCUGCAAUUGAAGCUAAACAUAUUACAAUUCCAGCUCCUAACUAUACUAUUGGCGCACAGCUAGCAACCAGGAAUGCAUAUGGUGAAGCUUUAAGAGCUUUAGGAGGUGUUGACGAAAGAAUUGUUGGCCUCGAUGGAGACACUAAAAACUCCACUUAUGCUUGCUACUUAAAUACAUUAAAAUGGCGACACGUGUCAACCUGCUCUUUUGGCGCAGCAGAUAAGACCUUAUGGCCACGGCGAAUUGCAACGGACUCCGAGCCGAAAAUCAAUUGCAUAUGUAUCCGGGUAGGUUUUGGCUCUUUUCUGUGGUUGGAAAUGGAGGAGCUCAGCAAAGUCCUUUGCAUCCGAGGACCAAUGGGCAUUCCUCUACCGGAAAAUGGGGCUUUCGACCGGCCACAGGGGGUAGUCUUUUUGCUGUAGCUGUAGAAGGAAGGCAUUUCGACAUCCGACAGACUCCAAGGAUCAAUGGCAUCAAGCUAUUCCAAUCGCUUGCAGCAGCAGAAAGCCAUAAGCACUCAAGACUGAGGCCGCAAGGCAAAGCAAGGCAAGGAGGAGACAGAAGGUAACGGAAGAGCACUCGUAUGAGAGAUAGACCUCUAGGCUGGAGUCGAAAAAGCAGAUAAGCCUCCCUUACGGGAGAUCUUUGGUGAUUCCGCCACUAUAUGGCUAACGCCUGACUUUAAUAAUCCUAAUCAUAAUCCUGCUUGCUACUUCCAGCAGCAGUACCCUCAAAGAUUCAUUGAAUGUUAUAUAGCUGAACAAAACAUGGUCGGCGUUUCUCUUGGUCUUAGCUGCAGAGGCAAAAUUCCAUUUUCCUCCACAUUCGGGGCAUUUUUCUCAAGAACUUAUGAUCAAAUUAGGAUGUCUGCAGUAAGCUUAGGGAACAUGAAAUUCGCAGGGUCUCACUGUGGAGUCAGCAUUGGAGAAGAUGGACCUAGCCAAAUGGCUCUUGAAGACUUAGCCUUGUUCAGAUCAAUUCCAGGGUCUAUUGUAUUAUAUCCAUCUGAUGCAGUAAGUGCUUGGAGAGCUGUCGAACUCGCCGCAAACCAUAAAGAUAGAUUAAAGAUUAGAAUUUCAUGGACAUAAGUGGCAAACUACUAGCCGGACUAUCUUAACUCCUGUAAAGGUGACCUACACUGGGUGCGUAUACACCAGAGUGCAAAUGGUGUAAGGCUGGCAAAAUCACAACCUCUUGAAUUUAUGGCGAAACUCGCCCUACCUUAGAAUUAAUUUUUUAGGUUAGAGCCACCAUAUGUAUGGUUCUCCGAUAGUCCUGAUAGAUGAAGAUUAUAUAGAGGCAAUACUGUCUACCCUACAGGAGAAAAACAAAAACUUUCCUCUUCGGCAAUGCAUUCCCAAGCCUGAAGGCCUGCUAAAAAUGGACAGAGUGCCUACUUUUAGCUUCAUCAGGAUGGAUCUACCUUCUUCAUAAUGAGUCCACUUUUUAUCAACGACAUCAUUUUCUUUCUUGCAAAUCAUAAAGGAAUCGCUUUUAUCAGAACCUCUAGACCAGCAUUCCCAGUCUUGUACGAAAAUGACAAGGUUUUCGAGGCAGGAAAAUCAUACACAAUAAAGCACAGUGACCAAGACAAAAUCACCGUAAUUGGAGCUGGAGUAACACUGGCAGAGGCUGUUAAAGCACACGAUUUAUUAGCAAGUGAGGGAAUUCAUAUUAGAGUUGUGGACUUGUUCAGCGUAAAACCGAUUGAUGUAGCUCAUCUAACUGAAGCUGCCAGAGCUACUGAAGGAAAAAUACUGACUGUUGAAGACCAUUACCAAGCAGGAGGGAUUUUCGAAGCUGUGACAUCUGCACUUGCUCAAGAGCACUUCAAUAUCUGGGGAAUUUUCGUAAAUGAAAUACCUAGAAGUGGGAAACCACAUGAGCUUUUGGAUUUAUAUGGACUUAGCGCUGCUAAAAUUGCUCUCAAAGUGAAGGAAAUAAUCCAUUAA